ACUGACUCUUUCUUGCUUGAGUGUCUUGAAUGUGACAUGGCGUCCAUCAAGAUAUAUCACGUCCUUCUGUAAAACUGUUUUUAAUGACAGUGGUUUCAUUUUGCAUUUUAUUACUGAGGCCGUAAUAAAUCGUACAUUUGCAUUGAUGGUAAUGCAUGCAAGGAAACCUCAGCGAAUAAGUGAUGGGUACUUUGAGAAGCAUCAGUCCCAUCCGUAUCAGAAAUACAAUUCAAAAAGUGAAAGAAGGGCAACCCAUGAUUAUGUCUCUUCUGAAAGCCGAUACACUCCUCUUCGAUCCCCUAAUGGUAAUGUGUCAGGCCAUGGUCACAACACACACUCGAGUCAGUCAGGCCACGGACACCACCACUACAGUCAUGUGGCCGAUGACCGAGGAUAUCCAUCAUCCAGGAAUGCAUACCUGCAGAAGGGUUCUGAAAAGGAGAGAGAUAGAGACUACAAAUCCUCUAGAAAUAAGUAUACAGAUAGUGUUAGAUCACCGAAGGAACGUAGCAAAGACAGUGAAAGGGAGAGAAGUAAUCAUGAGCGACAUGAACCUGAUAAAAAGAAUAGGACUAGUGGCAUGAACAUUAGUGUUAGUAGGAGUAGUAAAUAUGACAAGAGAAGUGCGCCUUCAGCAACCGUGUCUUCUGGACGCGAGUGGUCAGAACACAUUAGUUCAUCGGGGAAGAAGUAUUAUUAUAACUGUAUCAGUGAAGUGUCACAGUGGGAAAAGCCUCGAGAAUGGGACUCCAGGAGAACUUCAUCCAAAGAUUCUACAUAUUCAUCCAGAAGCAGUCGGGAUAAGAGAUCAAGGUCCCGAUCUGGGAGAAGAGAAGCAGAAAAAUCUAGUAAAAGAACGAAUAGUGCUUCAGACCGGUACUGGAACAGCAGUAGAGAUGAAGUGCACGAUCGAACUAGACCAAAACAUUCGGCGACUCCACACGACGGGAAAGAUGGACAUUCGUUACAAGAUAUGGACAUCUCCCCGGACAGGAGUACACCCCUCUCUGAAAAUUCGUAUGGAGCCAGAGAGUCUAAUUCCACUGCACGCCAUAAUGCAGAUAACAAUGCAGUUCCGCCUGUUGUUGUGCUGGAUAACUCAAAUCAACCGAGUGGGUCGUUACUCGCGGCGGCGCUGCCACGAAUCGUUGCCGUUCCUCCGCCUGUAACGUUACCAGCAAUGAACAACAACGGUGCGGCGGGGUCCCCCAUUGGCGACGGUAACCGCAGUGGCUCGGGGACCCCGCACCGGGACCCGGGGCCCCCAACGCCCACGCAUUCGGAAAAUAUAGACCCACACGCUCCACCGUUACACCUAGAUACAGCGUUACCUAGAAAAAUGGAAUGCUUAGGAAGUUAUUCGCAAGUAGUAGGUGGUAAUCUGCACCACGCCCCGCCGAUGUUGACGCCAUCUCUCGUCAACUACGUGCGGACGGACCUUACAUCACACGUAAAUGGUUGGCCUGCGGAUAUCUUAGAGAAACAGGCUAACAAGUUCACUGAAGAGGCAUACCAGUUGGGGUGUCUGCAGUGCACACGGGUAUCGUCUGAGCUCAAGUGUUCGAGGUCACUUGUCCGCCAUACGGAAAUACGGGCCACUUUACAGGAACAAAAAAUAAUGUACCUGCGGCAGCAGAUCUCACGGCUAGAGGAGCUCAAGUCGCAGAACUCGUUCAUGUCGGAGGACUAGGAGUUGUGGCGGGGAGGAGGCGCUCCCCCGCCGCUCCCCUCGCGCCGCCGCCUCCGCGCGCUGCACUCCCCUCCCUCCCGGGGGAACAUUCACAUGUCAAUGCUAAACAUUGUUCAUUCCGUUCACUUUCUAUGUAAUUUAGAUCGAAUGAUUACUAUUAUUUUGUGUGAUUUGAUGUUAAAUUGUAAGCCAUGAUGUGAGAUUUGCCACAAUUAUUCAUUUAUUGUCUAAUUUGCUUGUUUAAAUCAAGGUUCAAAAUUCUUCGGCUUCAGUAUCGUUUGUAUCAUGGCGUUGAUUAAUCAAUAUAAUUAUGUAAUACAAAAGAAGUAUGUUUUGAUGAAACUUGUUUAUGUAGAUAGGUUAAGUAGGUAUGACUGGACAACCGGCGCAGCGCGCGUCAAUAAGCCUUAAGGUAGAAUUCCGUGCGUCGCGACUGUCGCAGCCGCGCGCGGCCUACGACAGUCGUCGAUCGCUCGCGACAAUAGUCAACCUUUGAAAAUGUAUGGCACCGCUGCCGAGGCUCGCGACAGAUAGACGCGCGCGGCCGACGAAUUUCGUAAUGUUAUUAAGCCCUAGACCAUGUUAAGGGGCUGAAUGCCGAAAUUGGCUUGUCUCAAACAAUUUUUUGGCCAAAUCUAUACAAAAAAUAUAUUGAACUUGAACAUAUUUCUGAGAACCCUGUUAAUUUCAAAACACGUUUUCGGAAAGAAGUUUUUUUCCAACAAAAAUAUCUGUAUUAUCUGUAUUUUAUCAACUUAUUUUGAUAAAAUUUGUAACAUUAACGAGUCCAUAUGUGAAUACAGAACUUGGUUAAUUUUUAUUUUUGACUAGCUGACCCGGCAAACUUUGUAUCGCCUUUUCCUUAUUUGCUCACCGUUUAGACCUACCCUGGACUACAACAAACAUUUUAAAACCAAAAUCAGCUCAAUCGGCCCAGCCGUUCUCGAGUUUUAAUCAGACUAACGAACAACAAUUCAUUUUUAUUUAUAUAGAUUACUCAACUCAUUUUAAAGCUAUUAAUUUAUAAGUAUAUUACGAACGUCGCGUCAACCGGCUUCUCUCUCUCUCUCGUUCGGGUUUCAGUACUCGAGAGAAAGAGUGUUUUGGGUGCAUUCAGCCUCUUAAGAUGGCCGCGCGCGGCUCACACCAUUCGUCGGCCGCGCGCGUCUGUCGCAAGCCUCGGCAGCGGUGCCAUACAUUUUCAUAGUUUGACUAUUGUCGCGAGCGAUCGACGACUGUCGCAAGCCGCGCGCGGCUGCGACAGUCGCGAUGCACGGAAUUCUACCUUCAAUUAUAUUUCUUUCCCAUUUAACCAAAUAAUAUUUUUUGAAAAAAAUAAUUGAACUUUAAUUAUCAAGAUUUCAGUAAAAUCUUAAAAUAAUGAAUAAUGUAUUAUCGUAAUGUCCGUUGAUUCAUUCUUAGAUUAUAAUAAUUAUUUGUCUGUGUAAGGGUACUACAGUCUUUUGUAAUGUGUUUACUAUAAAAAAGAGCUAUUCAGUAAUGUAUUUGGUAGAGAAUGAUUUCAAUAGUUCAUACGCAUUAUCUAAAUAACAUAUUGCAGUUAGUGUUCACAUAGUGGAAUAUAAUCGGUCUCGUUGCUCAUGCGUGUGCCGCAAGAUAUUACUUAUCGCUGCAAUUUAGUGCAUUUUUUUUACAGAACCAAGUAUUUUAGCAUAAUACUUAAAUGAUUUUGAAUCUGUAACAUUUAUUGAGUAUUCCAUCAAGCUUUAUAAUUUGUCAAGAGAAGUAUCUUUGCAAACUUUGUAUUAAAAGUGCAACACAGUGAAGUGAUACAUAAACUGUUAACUCAUGAGUAACAUAGCGAAUUAUUUAGGUAAAACAAACUCCGGUCUAGGUCCUCUUAUUUUUCUAAUUGUAUAGGGUUAAUAUAUUAUGUUUGAACUGCUGAAAUUAAAACACCAAUACAUACAUAUAUUAACUAAAUAAAUCAAUCAAAGGAAAUACUACUGUGAUAUUCAUUAUUUCACACGUAAUAGACGAUUUAAGUAAACUUUAUGUAUAAAAGGCCUGUGUGGAGAAUAAUUAGUCUGCACACUGUUUAUAAAUCACUUAAUUUAUAUUUAAGGGCUUCUGGAAUCAGGUCUCUGAAAAUUGAAAAGGAACCCGAAACGUGGCACCGCAGCCGUCGUCUAACUGUAUUUUAGUGUUAACAAGGGACCUGUCAAAUCGCCCGCCGUAAACUUAGGAUAGUCAUAUUUGAAGUUAAUAUAUUAUGCGACCUUGGAACGUCGCCUCCACGCAGGACUUGUUUAGAAUUUUUUUUCUUUCCACAUUCUGUAAACUCUGUCAGGUAGAAGUUAGUCAAACAUUCUUCGUUCGUUUUAUUAAAAUCUUUGGUGAAUGAAACGCAGAAUGCUUGGCCAGCACUAUCUACGCGAGUUUUAACAUUGUGACAUUUUUUUCACAUAGAGUUAAUAUGAACCGGAUUAAAUAAAUCAGUUUCUGAGAA